GCCGCCGCCCUCGCCCUCUACGCCCGCCUGCCGGUGCCGGCGGCGGGGCCGCCGGCCGUCACCGGAGGCCGGGCGGGCGGGGAGGUGAACGUGCUGCUGUGGUGGGAGCCCUUCGGGCGGCCACGGCGCACGCCCGACUGCCUGCGGCGGUACAACAUCACCGGCUGCCGCCUCAGCGCCGACCGCAGCCGCUACGGCGAGGCGCAGGCCGUGCUCUUCCACCACCGAGACCUGGCCCUGCACGGUGCUCAGGGGCUGCCCCGCGGGCCCCCGCCGCGGCCCCCCCGGCAGCUCUGGGUGUGGAUGAACUUCGAGUCGCCCUCGCACUCCCCCGGGCUGCGGGGGCUGGCCGGCCUCUUCAACUGGACCAUGUCCUACCGGCGGGACUCGGACAUCUUCGUGCCCUACGGCUACCUCUACGCCCUGCCGGCCCCCCGGCCCUUCGUCCUGCCCCGCAAGACGCGGCUGGUGGCCUGGGUCAUCAGCAACUGGAACGAGGAGCACGCCCGGGUGCGCUACUACCGCCAGCUGAAGGAGCACCUGGCCAUCGACGUGUACGGGGCGCGGGGGCUGGCACUGGCCAAGGGUGGCCUGGUGGAGACCGUCUCGGCCUACAAGUUCUACCUGGCCUUCGAGAACUCCCAGCACACCGACUACAUCACCGAGAAGCUCUGGAGAAACGCCUUCGCCGCCAGCGCCGUGCCCAUCGUCCUCGGCCCCCGCAGGGCCAACUACGAGCGCUUCAUCCCCCCCGACUCCUUCAUCCACGUCGACGACUUCCCCAGCCCUCGGCUGCUGGCCACCUACCUGAAAUUCCUCGAUAAAAGCAAGCCCAACUACAGGAGGUAUUUUGCCUGGAGGAAGAAGUACGAGGUCCACGUCACCUCCUUCUGGGAUGAGCACUUCUGUAAGGUUUGCGAGGCCGUGAGGGCAGCUGGGAAUCAGAUCAAGACUGUAGGAAAUCUGGCCAGCUGGUUUGAAAGCUGAUGUUCCUGGCAGGUGAGGUUCGCCAGCCUCAGUGGAGUGUGUCAAGGUGUAGGGAAGGAUGGAUCUCACGGAGAUCAUUAGCCGAGGAGGCGUGCAGGAGGCUGUCAUCAGUCAGAGAAGCCUACAGGUACAGGUAAACGAGCUGUGAACAGCCCACGGAAAAAUAUUUUUAUUAAAGUGCAAAAUUACGAAAGUACAAAAGAAGCAUCAGGCAAGAUGAUUCUUAAAGAGCAAAGUUAAAUUUCCAGAAGUCGUACCGAUCUGAAACCUUGUGCACAGCUCGACAUAAGUUACAGAUGCCAAGUUCUUCAGCCACACAGCUGAAACCAAUUUUGUCGGCUGUGACAGCUUCCUGGACCAUGAAGCUUUCUUCUGCUUACAGGGUAUACAUGAUCAGCGCUGGCUUUCUGUACUCCGAAGACAAAAGUGAAUAUUUUCCAGUGAAAAGCUAUUUGCAGAUGAGUUCUGAGCCGCAAGUGUUGAAUGUAAGAAUGUAAUGAUACAGUAGCACUUUUUAGCAAUGCUUGAAAUUGCAGCAGCCAACCAAUAAUGCUUUGAGCCAAAUAAUAAUUCCAUUUAGGAAAAAGUGUAUGGAGGGGACUGGAUCCAAGUGGAACAAACAGCUCAGAUGAUGCAGAGUAUUUCUUCUACUGUCUACUGAGACCAUCAGUGUGUUUAUGAAGGUGGAGAAGAAUAUUAAGUACAGAAAAAGACAGACUGUAGAAAAAAAGAUGGAAUGUUUCCACCCUCCCUUUUUUCAGGAAUUAGAAAAUGUUUACAGGAAUCUGCAUGUUUUUCUCUGCAAAAUUACUGCCAUAUAGGAAAAAAGCAGGGAAAGGCUCAGAACUACAGGGUUUUUAUUACUAUAUUGAAUCAUGUAUACGAAAAGGCUAACUUAAUUCUCUAGUAUCAUUAGGCUGUCCUGUUGUGUAGUGAUUUGAUUUAUGGCAUGUGUUUUUAAAAAUUCUGCUGCAUGGCAGACUGCCCAGGAUGCCACUUUGCUGUUUGUAAAAUAAUUAUUACCAAAAAAAACCCAAACCACCCAAACCUCAAGUCUCAAAUCGCUGCCUUUCAAAAGGAAAAUUUCUGUAGAGAAUAAGAUCUAGACUGUUGGUAAAAUACAGAUUGUGCGAGGAAAGAAUAUGAAAAACAAAAAUUUACUGGUUUGGGGUUUUUUUCCCUUUGGUUUUGAAGGGUUUUACUGGCUCAGUUUUUUAAUCAAUAAGUAGGUUCCUAAGAUAAAGGUUUCUUCUCUCAGUGCCUCCCGGGAACAUUGACUGUAGUUACUCCCUUUCAGACUCUGCCAUUUUGCUGGAGUCUUCGCAGUAGUCAGCGUACGGUUACUUUUUGGUUACAUGUUUCCCACUUGCUUCCCACGUAUUUUCACCACUUGUUUGGUGAAAUCCAAAAGGAGACUUCAAUUGCAAUUAUGCAUCCUCAGGAAGCUGAGCCUUCCCUUCCCUUUGCAACUAUAAGGUUUAGUGGCAAAAAAUGAUAACCCACAGGAGUCCUGCACAAAUGAUUUAAGAGGUUUGUCUAGUUACCCAGAGGCUUAAUUUGGAAUAAAAUCAUGGGCACAGAAUAGGUGGGGAAAGACUACAGUCAGUUGUCAAUAGAAGAUGGGCAUCAGAACAGGUGAGUUUACUGGCAUUUGUGGUUAGAAAAGGAUUAGAUUUGAUGAGCAAUAAGGGAUGUUGGGUAGAUGCUCUGAGCUGACAACCUACGGUAAUUUAUUUAAAAUAAGAUGUGCCUUAUGAAUAGGUAAGCAUAGAACUAAAGAUUAUUGAAAAAGUGUUUCUCUGCUGUGGCUACUGCUCUCAUAAAAUUGGUUUUGAUAAUUUUUAAAAUCUUAAUUUACGUAUAGCAUUAACAGUAAUAGCUAAGCGUCAGGAUAAUAAAAUCUGUCUCCCAUUGAAUUACCCUUUUUUUCUGUUUAGUUUUUAUCAGGGUUCAUAUAAAUGUAUACAAGACCACAAUCUUAAAAAUGGUGAACUAAGAUUGCACUACUUUUUAUCAGCCUGCUGAAACUAAUUCAUUUUUUACAGUCCUCCUGAAUUUUUUAGCAUUUUCUAAAAGUUUCCAGACACACAAUUCUUCUAUAUAAUCAUUAAUAAUGCCACAGGCUACAGGAGCAUCGGAAUUUCCAAAGAUACUUGGCAUCUGAUACUUUUUUCUCAAAGAGAAGCAGUUGAAGUCUUUGAUGAACAAGAGUUCUGUAAAAUUCAGAAAAGACCUAUGCAAUGAUUAAAGCAUCAUGUUUGAAUAAGAUGUUUGCAGUUGUCCUGCGUUUGUAAGUCAUGCAUUGAGUAUUUUUGAGAACUGUAUAAUGAAAACUGCAGUAUUGUAAUAAUUAGUGCGGAGGUCUUGCUUUGGGAAAAAAGAAGCUUUUUCUAGUUUUACAGUUCUUGCGUCAGCAUUGCACGCUUUUCCCUUUAGAUUUGGGAAGAAAUUAAGCCCUGGUCUACAGCUGCUGAAGUCAGUAGAACAGCAUCUCAAUAAAUCCAGUUUGGUUUUUGGCUCAUCCGCUGAUAAUUAGUGUAGGACUGUGAGCUCAGGACUGGCUUUUGUAAUUCACUUUGUAGAGCCCAAGUUCAACGGUGAAUAAACAGUUUUGGCAAGCUGGAUUGUAGAUGGGGUACCAGGUUCCACAAGAUGUAACCCAUCUGUAAAAAUUAAGCAAAUAUAUUUUCUAUUUUAAUUAGAACAAACUAUUUUAAUACAUUUCGAUAAAGUGUUUUAUUCCAUGCCUUAAAAUACUGGGGUGGAGGGAGAGAAAGGAAGACCAUUUUCUUCUGGUUUUUAUAAGGAGAACAAAUAAUAUUACUUUUUGAUUAUGGUAUAAAUGGAACAGAGAAUUAUGUGAUCCUUUAAGUUACGUGUUGUAUCUCAGGGAAUUUUAUACUGUAAAGUCUCUUAAUCUUCAUAGAAUGAAGUAAUUUUGUCUUUGUAUUAAUUAUUUAGAUUGACUCUCAAUAAAAAUAAAGGAAGUAGCACAAA